AACGACCUUCACCGGGCGAUGCAGAGGUCACAGUCGGCUCUCAGCCAGCAACUCAUGAUCCUCUCCGCCACCUUCAUGUGUCUUGUCUUCACCAGCGUGUGCGGCAUUCAACACUUCCAGCGAGCCGGGCACCGCCACCUCAACCUCUUCCAGGCCGUGUACUACGUCAUCGUCACCUUCUCCACGGUGGGCUACGGAGACUUCGUGCCCGACAUCUGGCCCUCGCAGCUCUUUAUGGUCAUCAUGAUAUGCGUGGCGCUCAUCGUCCUCCCCACACAGUUCGAGCAGCUCGCCUUCACGUGGAUGGAGAGGAAGAAGCUGGGCGGGACGUACUCUGCCCACCGAGCCCAGAGUGAGCGGCACGUGGUAGUCUGCUCUACCAACCUCCAGGCGGACACCAUCAUGGAUUUCCUCAACGAGUUCUACGCUCACCCACACCUACAGGAUUAUUUCGUGGUGCUCCUGUCGCCGAUGGAGUUGGAUCCCACGAUGAAGAUGAUCCUGCAGGUACCGAUGUGGGCGCAGAGAGUCAUCUACAUCCAAGGGUCGUGCCUCAAGGACGGGGACCUGACGAGAGCCAGGAUGAGCGAAGCGGAGGCGUGCUUCAUCCUGGCCGCCAGGCACUACACCGACAAGACUGCCGCGGACGAGCACACCAUCCUGCGCUCCUGGGCGGUCAAAGACUUCGCCCCUAACGUGCCCCAGUACGUGCAGAUCUUCAGGCCAGAGAACAAGCUGCACGUCAAGUUUGCCGAGCAUGUGGUGUGCGAGGACGAACUCAAAUACGCGCUUCUCGCCAACAACUGCAUGAGUCCCGGCAUCUCCACGCUGGUUACUCUGCUCCUACACACCUCCCGCGGCCAGGAGGGCCAGGCUUCACAGGAGGACUGGCACAGGUUGUACGGCAAGUGUUCAGGCAACGAGAUCUACCACAUCAAGUUGAGUGACUCGCGGUUCUUCGGCGAGUACGAGGGCAAGAGUUUCACCUACGCCAGCUUCCACUCCCAUCGCAAGUACGGAGUGGCCCUGGUGGGGGUUCGGCCAGCUGAGCUACCCGAGUUUUACGAAGACACCAUCAUGCUCAACCCAGGCCCCAGACAUAUAAUGAAGAAGACAGAUCUGUGCUUCUACAUGAGCAUCACUAAAGAAGAAAACAGUGCCUUUGUGGUGGGGUCGACUUCCACCAACCCCAACCAAGAAGGGAAGGUGGAAGGAGGGGGCGGUGAUGCCUCCCUUAACAAAGAUCCAGAGAGAGGUGUUGGAGGAGAAGAAAGGAGGGAAGGUGACCGAGAGGAACCCUUGCCUCCUAAGCCGAGAUCAGGGCGAAGGUGUGUUCUGCUCAAGCUGCGCUCAAACGUUUCUGUCAACGAGCUGCAAAAGAAAUUGGAGGAGGAGGUUGAUCGUAGAAGGGAGAGAUGGGAAGAAGAGCAGGGAAGACAUAUCACUAGGGAGGAAGCCCUGGUAACUUCCACGCAACAAAAGCUCAAUCAAGAAGAAGGAGAAUCCAUGGAGCUGCGCAAAAGCCACCCCAGACACAAGCUGGAGCGAGAGGACACUACUAAAUCCAACAGUCCAUCCCUGAGUGGUGGCAAUUUUCUUCAUGUUCCUCGUUCUGACACCCUUAUCAGUGUCUCAGACAAGCGCCCCGAGACUCGCCGUCCAUCCAUUCUGCCUGUACCAGACAUGUUCACUGGGUCCAGCCUCAACAUUUCCAGUCAGGAAAGAGGUAGUGAAGAUGUAUCAGGAGAGAGUGAUGAUGAAGUUGAUGAUGUGCCUUGGCGAUCACCAUCAGAGAUGAUUGCGAUCAUCAAGGGAUUUCCACCUGUCUCCCCCUACAUUGGUGUGAGUCCCACCCUCUGCUACCUGUUAAAAGAAAAAAAGCCACUGUGUUGUCUACAGCUGGCACAGGUUUGUGAUCACUGUACCUACCGUAGUGCCAAGGAGUAUAACUGGCAAAACCGAGCUGUCAUCCUGGCUGCUGAUUAUGCAAGUAAUGGUAUCUACAAUUUUAUCAUCCCGCUUAGAGCACACUUCAGGAAAAAGACGUUACUGAACCCUAUCAUACUUUUACUUGAGCGAAGACCAGAUGUUGCCUUUCUUGAUGCCAUCUCCUGGUUCCCUCUUAUCUACUGGAUGCUGGGAUCUAUUGACUGUCUUGAUGACCUGCUGCGAGCAGGCAUCAAUGUAGCGGAAAAUGUAGUGGUGGUGAACAAGGAGCUCAACAACUCAGCAGAAGAGGACACCUUAUCAGACUGUAACACCAUCGUUGCCGUCCAGACAAUGUUCAAGUUCUUCCCAAACAUCAAAAUCAUCACGGAGUUGUCUCAGUCAUCCAACAUGCGCUUCAUGCAGUUCCGAGCUCGGGAUGCGUACGCUCUGCACCUGUCUAAGAUGGAAAAGGGUAGCCAGCCUCAGGGCCCUAGGAGUCGCCCUGCAUCUCGUCGCUCCCGUUCUCGCUCAUUCCGACGGCGGCCUCCGCCGCAACAACCGAUUUACUACUCAGAAGUUAUAAAUCAGCUGGAACGGCGAGAAAAGGAACGAGGGUCUCACAUCUCCUACAUGUUUCGACUUCCCUUUGCUGCUGGAAGUGUGUUCUCUGCCAGUAUGCUUGACACUCUCCUGUACCAAGCCUUUGUCAAGGACUACCUCAUAACUUUCGUCAGGCUCCUGCUAGGUGUGGACCAAGCACCAGGUUCAGGCUUCCUCACCUCAAUGAAAAUUGGGAAACAGGAUUUGUGGAUCCGGACAUAUGGACGACUGUACCAGAAACUUUGCUCUACCACCUGUGAGAUACCCAUUGGCAUUUAUCGCACCAUAGACACCAGCAACAUGGAACCUGGAAAUAAUGAUGGAGACGCCUCGGGCAUUGGCCAUUCCUAUUCUCACUUGUACGACACCACCUCUUGUUUCCUAUGCCAGAGCAACAAAAGCUCAAUGUUAUGUUCCGUGUUUCCUGCAUUAUGGAAAUCUGCAGAAGCCUUUUCAAAUGUUCCAUUUGCGAGUCUCAACCCAGAGUUCUCGUUAAACAUAUCGGAUGACCCAAAGGAAAUACACUGCAACUUAAUUGAACGGGCAGAGAUUGCUCAGUUGGUUCGUUCCCGUAUGCAGAGUUUAGCUCUUCCUCCUGAAGACUAUGAUGACGUAUCUGAAAAGCGUAAUUCCCUGUCCUUUGUGAUCAUCAAUCCUUCAUGUGACCUCAAACUAGAAGAAGGGGAUAUUGUAUACCUUAUCCGGCCAAGUCCAUUCUCAGCCCAGAAAACUUUUGAACGGCACAAUUCAAGGAGAAAAUCUAACAUUUCUCUUUGUGGAGACACUCGUCGGAGGAGUACCACCUUUGCCAGACCCCCUCCCCUCACCUCUGCCCCCAAGUCCAACUCUCUUAGCCUCCCAGACAGCCCUCAGAUAUCUCCAGCUCCCCUCCUGGGCUCCUUAGUAGGUUUAGAUUCCCUUCACGUCCCCAUGUCCCCCCCAACAGGAUAUGUUCGAGGUCGUUCCAAUUCACUACGAGUGGACGACAUCCUCAUGAGACGCUCCAAUUCACUUCGCUUCGGCCUGGAAGCAUCUCGUAAGAUAAAUAGCUUUGAGGAGCUUGGCAUCAGCCCACUCACACCACUCACUCGGGAUGAGCGAACAGGCUCUAUCAAGAUUCCCACCAAUGGGUCCAUUGGUCUUGAGGUAACACCUCCUGAAGAGUGUGGCUCAGAGGCGUCCGUCCCUUCCAUCCAGCUUCAAGGUACUAUCGUCUGACCCCCGCCCUCGCCUCGACCUGCGCGAGUCUGGUUCCACAUGGGCGGUGCUCGUGGAGUCGCUCGCUCACGCUCCCCACGACUCUGACAGCCAGCAGCCUCCUACACAUCUCGGCCAGCCCUGGGCCCUGUGCCCUGGCCACAGUCACAGUGAGAGGAGGCCUGAAGGACUUUAGUGUUGAGCGGUUGGCAUACCAGCUGAUGCUCAAAAUUAUAGUGAUGCCACAAGUGCUUGGUUAGAGUACUGUUCAUUACUGUGAUCAGUACUGGAUGCUAAUUGAACUUUGGGUACAAAAGUAGAUGGAUUUUUAUUUUAAAAGAAACUAAAUCUAUCAAAUAGCUCGCUAUAAGAUAGUGAUAUGAAAACAGUGAUAUAUUGUUUCCAAUUUUGUACAUUCAAAGAAACACAUUGACUCGAGGUGUCAUAGCAUGAUGAUCUAGACAGUCAGUUUACCACAUGUUUAUUACCUGCAAGGCUUACCUUCUGUGAAGGGUUUGUCAUAUCCUAAGUGAAUUUAAGAUAUGAGUCAUUUGCCAUCUUAUAUGUGUAGCUCUGCUCAAAUUAAAAGACUGUAAUUUCUAUGUCAUUUAAAAAUUAAUAGAGAUAAUGUUUGUCUCAGAAUACAAGAUUUUUUUCUUCUGAACAUAUUGCUAGCAAUUUAUGCUCUUGUCAGGAUUUUGUUGAAGAAUUACUCUCCUGUAUGAAGAGUUGCAUAUAUCAGUUGUUUUCAUCUUGCAUGUUUGAAUGUAAGUUGAAUCAGCUAAUUCUCAUGAAACAGGUAUUUGUGUUACUAAUACAAAAUGAUACUGAAACUUUCUCUGAACAUAAUUAAGUCCUCCCUCUCUUUUUUUCCUAUCCCUCCUUCUUCCCAUCUCACUAGAGCCUAUAUAAGUCUUAAUCCCAAUGCAAACCGUUCAUCAAAUUAGAAACUUAUGAAUGCCAUUUUACUCUGUAAAUAGGUACAUAUGAUUUGCUAAAGCUAUAUAUUUAUGUAUAAAGUCAUCAUAGAUUAAGAAGAUUAGCCAGGUUGUCAAAGUAUGUGGUUUACAGAUCACUGUCCCUAAGUCUUGCAACUGUGACAUUAUAUUUUAGGACUCUCAAGGCCAGGCCAGAGGGUGAGCUGUGGGGACCAUGCUACUGGAGGAAGACCCCUGUUCAUGGGGUGCUUUCUUCUGGAGCCGUCAAGAGCAACAGGGACUGUUGGAUCACCUCAUUAUUGUUGUUCUCAUAUUUUUAAUUAACAUUUUAAUAUGAAUAAUUUGUGAAUGUGUAUGUACUUUUCAAGUUUGUUAUAUUGAAACCUUUAUGUGUCUAUACCAUAGAUAUGUAUAUAUGCAUAUACAGUAUCAUUGUACAUAAAAAUAGAUAUAGUUUAUAUUUAUUUCUAUAAAGAUAGACCAUUGUGAUAAGUCAGUUAAAAUAUUCAAGCCACACUUCAUGAUAUACUGUACAUUAAGCCAUUACAUCUAACCUGUGUG